CGGUGCCUCAGCGAUUUAUCGAAUGUAUACGGAACCACGAUCUUCGUUAAACCGGAACGCUGGAGAAAACGUCUCGUGCUUGGUAUCCAGCUCACCUCGUGUCGCGACGCGUCAACGGUUUUACGUGUUCUGAAAUUGCUGGGACAACACGUGUACGAGUUGAGUUAUACCGAUGAUCUAAGCACGUCUCAGCAUUUGUUCCUCGACUGUGAUCCAUGAAGGAAUCUUCGCGCACGAUUCUUCGGAGAAAACGGUCGGAACGUUCGCGAAUGGACUAUCGUUUCACAAGACAAUCGAAGAUAUAGUACAAGUAACGCGAUCGUAUCUGUGAACGUUCAACGAAAAUCUUAUGGUGUUCGAUAAGAAGUAGUUCUUUCGUGUCCCCCAUCCGUAACAACAAUUCUGAGCAUGCCCCGGAAAAUGUGGAGUGUUUUACGUGAGAAAAUGACUUGGUGCACCGGAGACACUUUGUGUACGUACGCAAAACGGAAGGUACCAGUUUUUUCGUGGGCGACCACCUAUAAACUCGCAUGGCUGCCUCAAGACGCUCUGGCAGGUUUCACGGUCGGCCUGACUGCCAUUCCCCAGGGUAUCGCUUACGGUAUCGUCGCUGGAUUAAGUCCUGAGUAUGGACUGUACGCAUCCUUCAUGGCGUCGUUCAUCUACAUUAUCCUUGGUUCGUGCGAGAACAUUACCAUCGGGCCUACAGCUAUCAUGGCAACAAUGGUACAGCCAUUGGUGGCAAAUUACGGUCCCGAUAUAGCCGUGUUACUCGCCUUUUUGAAAGGCUGCAUCAUCGCGGCUCUCGGGGUGCUUCACCUGGGUUUCUUAUUAAAUUUCAUUUCGCUGCCGGUAAUUGUUGGCUUUACGGCGGCCGCAUCGAUCAACAUUGCCGCCUCGCAGUUCAACCCUUUGUUGGGUAUUCCCGUCAGAAGCGAAGAUCUUGUAGAUGCCUUGCAGAAAGUGUUCAAGAAUCUCGAUAAGAUCAGAUAUCAAGACACGGUGUUGAGCAUCGGAACGGUUGUUGUCUUGGUUGCACUCAAGAAUUUACCUGGACGACGAACUGGCACGUGGCAACAAAAGAUUGCGUGGGCGGUGACUCUGGCGCGUAACGCUUUAGUGGUCAUCGUAGGGACAACUAUAGCGUAUAUUUUUUACGCGAACGGACAAGAACCUUUCAGGUUAACUGGAACGAUGGGCGAAGGGUUGCCACCGUUUGGCCCACCACCCUUCUCGAUUACUCACAAAAAUCACACGUAUGAUUUUGUGGAAACGGUAUCGGCGAUGGGAACGACGCUUUUCUCCAUUCCAGUGGUAUCCACCAUCGAGCAUAUGGCGAUAGCGAAAGCUUUUGCGAUGGGGAAAUCAUUGGACGCCACGCAGGAGAUGUUUGCGCUGGGUCUGUGCAACAUAUUUGGAUCCUUCGUCCGAUCGAUGCCCGUUACUGGUUCAUUUACCCGUACGGCAGUCAAUCACGCAUCUAGUGUCAAAACAACAUUCGGAGGAUUAUUCACGGGUUGUCUCGUUCUGCUCGCGGCUGGCCUGCUGACCUCUACUUUUCGUUUCAUCCCGAAAGCCACGUUAGCCGGGGUUAUAGUAUGCGCUAUGUAUUAUAUGCUCGAUUUCAAGACGUACCUCAUGCUGUGGCAUGCCAAGAAGGUUGAUUUUUUCCUGAUGGUGAUCACCCUACUGUUUUGCGUGUUUCUAAAAUUGGAAUGGGGAAUCAUUAUCGGUAUAGGUUUGAAUCUACUGUUAUUACUGAUCUUCUCUGCACGACCCUCCGUCAAGACUGCAAUUGAACAGGGAGGAGAUGAAACCCUGAUACGUGUUACACCCGAAGAGACUAUCACAUUUCCAGCAGCAGAAACCUUCCGCGCCAAAAUUAUGAAGCUAUCCGAAGAGAAUCCCUACAAUGUUGUCCUCGACUGCAAGAACCUGAAGAGGAUUGACGUUACGGUAGCAAAGAACCUGAAACUAUUGUCCAAUGAUCUACGGCUUCGGGGACAAACGAUUGCCUGCGUGAACUGUUCAAGCAACGUCGAGGCUGUCUUGAAGACCGUCGCUCCAGACCUGUGAACCUAACCAAAAAGAAAGAAACACAUAGUGAGGCAAGAAAAUCGCGUUGCACGUGUCUGCAAUGCGUACGGAGGUGGCGUGGAUCCAAUUCGAUUCGGCCCUUUCCUUUGCCGAGACUCAAUACCAUUCCGAUACAGCAGUGAUCACUACGGAGCAACUUAUUGCUUUCACGUGAUUCUAAUCGUUCGAGUUGCUCGAGUACAUAAUAUUGUUCGAAUCGAUUUUUCACGCGAUGUUUCAUGUACAAAAAUAGGAAUAAAACUGCUUUCACCUAUC